AUGCCCGGACAUAUUUCGUCACCUAACCCUGGGUCAGGGAGCGACGGUUGCUUUGCUACGCUCAGCGACAUUCUCGACGAAGAAGGGGGUGUGGAGGGACGGCGGGACAAGAAAAGUUGUUGCGUCCACUUUGGAGGAGGUCGGCGGAAUAAGCUGCCUAUUCCGUCGGAUAAUAUAGAUAGGACAAGGGGUGCUUUCCCCAGAAUAUACAUCGAAGCCAUCCGCAUCCGCCUCAGAUAUCGUAAGGGCACACGGGAAUACGAAGAGCGUCAAUACAUCAAAGAAACCUUCGCUCUCAAAGUGAACGAUGCACCACGGGACACCGUUAGUUGGUCUUGGGGGGAUUUGGACUGGUGCUUACAAUCUCACAUAGGACUCCGCACCGGCAGCAGAAUUUCGCUUGAGACAUGUUCAGAUUCAGAGGUCUUGGCCGCAGUGUCCUUCGAGGAUAUCCACAAACUCGCCAACGAUCUGCUGCGAGACGCGCCGUGGAUGGCCAGCCCAUUAACGGUAGAUUUCCAGGAGCGACACGUCCUCGCAACGAUCACUUUAUCUUUCUCAGUCGAGCUUCAGGCGCCUCAGACUCCGACUUCCUUCCUCCCGUCAAUGCCCGUUAACCUCGACAAAACGUUAUCCUCGGAACCACCGACCGGGGUACAUCGCAUGGGAUACGGUGGGGCGUAUGGGGGAUAUGGGGGAGGAUAUGCAGGCUCUUCUUAUGACGGAAGGCCUUCUGAGUAUCCCGCCGGAAUUGUUCCUUACGCAUCGAACUCUCCUUACGACUUCGACUCGACACCUGCGAAAGGGACCCCCUACGACUUUUGCAAUGCAGCACCUGUGGAUACCGGGAAGAUUCUCUAUAGCGUCGUAGGGACCAAGCGGCCGAAGCCGCGAUGA